AUGACCACCGAUACCGCCACCACCGCCACUACCACUAAGGACGAGAUCAUCAUCCCCUUGCUGUUCUACGUCCAGCGCAUUCAACGAUUACUCUAUGAGAUCCCCUCUGACGACGAGGCUAACGCCCUAGUGACAGAGACCUUCAGUCCGGAAGCGAAGUUUGAAUGGAACUCCGAACCCAUCGAGCUCGACGGCUUCCGAAACUUCGUGCAAGAAUGGCGCUCCCGCUACACCUUCCUCGACUUCGAGUUCCACGAGGCCGUGGCCACCCCCGACACCACCGACGACAAAGGCCGUGGGGGCACGGUUGGGUUCGGGUUGAAGGGACGUGUGCUGGGCAAGGAGGAUGGCAGGAUGUAUGAGGGGAAGGUGCAUGCGAUCUACAAGGUCGAAUGGAAGGGCGAUCGUCGGGUGAUUACGAAGAGUACGCAGGUCUUGCAGGGACCGUAUGUGGUUGAUGAUGAGAGAUAG